GGUGCGUGUGUGUAAAGAAGAAGUAGAAGAGGAGUUCAGCCGGAUAAGCAUUUUGCUUGUCAUUUGAGCGUCACUUUGCCAAUAUGUCCUCUUCGCUCAGGUCGUAUUUGGGCCUGCUGGGUCUGGUGUGUGGAUAUGUGGGGUAUUUGGUGAUCGGAGGUUUUGUAUUUUCAGCACUGGAGAAGCCUCAGGAAGAGAAAGUUCAGGCUGAGUUGAAUCUUCUCAAACAGCAGCUUCUUAGCAACAUGAGCUGCAUUAACACCUCAACACUAGAACAACUUGUACAGAUGCUCCUAUACGCGAACAAAUACGGAGUGUCAUUAUUGCAGAACUCCUCCGGGAACUCAAACUGGGACCUGGCGUCUGCUGUGUUCUUCUCCAACACUCUUCUCACCACUAUCGGUUAUGGCAACACCACUCCGCUGUCUGAUGUGGGGAAGGCAUUCGCCGUUGUGUAUGCCUUAUUCGGUGUCCCCUUCACCAUACUGGUGCUGACGGUAUGUGUACAGCACCUCAUGGUACCACUGAAUCUUCGGCCGGUGGUGUUGUGGAGUCGGCGGUUUGGCUGGCAUCCUCACAAUGCCAGCGCCCUACACUUUGUCUUCCUGCUCCUGCUGGUCAUUGUGAUGUUCUUUUUGGUGCCAGCUGCUCUUUUCAGCUACACUGAGGAUUCAUGGUCAUUUUUGGAGGCUAUUUAUUUCUGCUUCAUCUCCCUUUGCGCUAUUGGGUUAGGCGACUUUGUUCCAGGCGAGCAGCCCGAUCAGAAACUCCGACCACUCUACAAGAUCUCUGUUAUGGUCUACCUCUUUAUAGGUUUGAUGGCGAUGUACUUUGUCCUUCAUUCUUUCAAUAAACUGGCUGAUCUUCGGGGAUGGACAGCAUUUUUCCAGGUGCCCCGUGGCAACACAGGGGAAGAGACCGAAAACACUUCUGAAGGACCUAAUGAGUGUUUAACGGACACAAAGCCACUGGAUCCCAGUGAUCAUGUCUUGUACAACUCCAUGAGCAGAUAGACAUUUCUACACUAACUGUUCACUGAGCAGUAGAGGAUGAGGGAAGUGUAGAGUUUUUGUGUGUGGAGGGGGUCUUUUUACAAGGGGGGGGGUGGUAAUUUUACAGGCUAGUGCAAUGGUAAUGUGCAUUGAUGCACAAUUUCUUUGUGAUUUGUUUUUGGAUUCAGUGCAGUACUGAUAAAGGGGAAGGAGAACAACAAAGGACUGUUUCAUAUGCUCAGGGUUUUUCUUGAAUAGAUUUUCAUGUUUACUGAACCGAUUUGAGUUUUUUGUUUUUUUUUGUUUUUUUGUUUUUUUAAAUGGUGGGUUUCCCCCCCCCCCCUCUCUCUCUAGUAACCAAAACCAGCAAGUUGUUUUAGAUGUUUUCUGCUAUCUUGGACCAUUUUGGACAAGUAUAUUUUUGGUAACUACUAAUGUUUUUGAAACCAGAGCAAAUUGAACUAUUAGGUAAUCACAAUUUCUGCUUGUAGAUGUUUUCCUACUUUGUUGGCUGUUUGGACCACUUGUGUUUUACUUCAUAGAUUUGGCUUCUUUAAAUAUUAAUCAGAGAAAUUUGUAAUUUUCUUUGCCAUUCACUCCUUGGGUGCAUUAAGGGUAAGCAUACCAUUUAAAGUUAUAUGUGAGGUUGGAAUGUAACACAGUGCAAUAUCAGUCAGUCUGUAUGGAGUUGUGCUGACACUGUUUAUCCUGUUCAAGAGGCAUCUUUGAUCUGAAGCCUACGGUUUCUACAGAGCCUCUGUGUACACUAUGCAACAGUUGAGAUUAAUAAAAAUUAAAAUACUUUUUAAUUUAGCGUUGUCGAUUUAGCAUCACUACUUUUUUUUUUUUUUGGACCACUUGUGCCUUAUUCUGGGCUUUCUGAGGCUUUACAUCUGUGAAACUUGAUUUUUAUAUACCGGUAUGGCUGAUCCCGUUUGCAUUUUAUCAUCAACUUGUUCAUAAGGUUUUUUUUUUCCUUCUAUUCAGACUAUGUUGCAGAGGUGUACUAUAGAAAUUGGUUACAUGAUCCAUCAAUGUUGUUAUUGCAGAUGCUAUGAUGAUGCUGUCACCAACAUUCAUUUUAGAGGUUGCUUUUUGGGGUACUUUAAUAUCUGACCCAUUAAAAACUAAACUUUUACAUUUUAGGAAAUUUCCUUUUCUGAGAUGGUGGUCAUCUAACCUUUUAAACCUAAUAUUUUAAUAUUGUAAUAAUAUCAACCAUAAUAAAAACAGUAUUUUGAUAGACAUAACUACUGCAGUAUGGCUCUAAAUAUUGUCAAAUUUGUAUUGUGUAAAUUGUGCUGAUAAAACUAUGCCAUGUCAUGAUUGAUGGCUGAUAAUGGUUUAUGAUAUUGUAUAAGGCAGAUGGUGCUGUCUGGUAAACAGAAUAUCUGUAUUGCCUUGUAUAAGAACACAUGAUGCUCCUUUGAAUCUGUCCAAAAAUGAACAACUUAUGUUAUCCUCUGAA